CGCGGCAAAUGAAGCUCAUCAGUGAUUAUACUUAAACCGGGGAUUCCCCUAGCUCUUGUGGCGCAUUUCAAAUGACCUCAUCAUUCUUCGAUGCAUGUAGAACUCGGCAGUCAACAAAGAUAUCCAUGUAACUCCUCAAGAAUUCGCGAUAUGAACGACCAUGAACAUGAAUUUUUGGAAGACGACAAAACCCCAUCGACUAUUGAAGAACUCAAGCGAAGGAAAGCCCAGCUUGAAAAUGAAAAUUCUGAUCUCUCUAUGAAGCUUCAGGAGGGUCAAAGACUUAAAACAAAACUCCAAGAAAGUCGAAAAGAUGGUAAGAAGCUAGUUCAUAAUCGAGAAAAGCUGAAAAAUCUUAAAAGCGAGCGUCAGGAAACUUCCCACAACGUGGUAGGCGGAUAUCAAAAGAAAGUCGAAGAUGAGAGUGAAGCUACCGCGAGAGACGAACCACCAACGGACACGGCCUACAAAGAAGAACACCAUUCUAUCACUGCACCCCUGAUAACAGAAAUACACGCUUUGAAACUGGAGAACUCUAUGCUAGUAAAGGGAAAAAGGAAAGUCGAAGAACAGAGAGAUUCUGUGGUGCAGGAACUUGCUGCGUUGAAUACAAAGCACGAUAAGCUUCUUGGUGUUUGUAACAGACUAGAGUCCGAAAUUCACCGUCUAAGUUCUUUGGUUGUAAAGUCUAAAAGUCAGACAUCAGAGCAGGAAGAAGGCAUCGAAAUUCUGAAAGAACAACUUCGAUGUUACCAGGAAGACAUAAAGAGCCUACAAGGUGAACUACAAUCCACUAAGCGCUCCAACGAACAAAUGAAAACGGAACUCAACGAAGCACGCUUGGUCAUCCGGGACAUGAGAAGGCAACCCCCUAGCGUUCAGGUAUAUCCAGCAGCAGCGAUGGUUGAGCCAGUCUACAGGACAUAUGAUGAGAGAGGAUACCGUUACGGAAGAGAACCCUUGGGAUAUGCUAUGAUGAGGACUUAUUCUGGUGAAUGCUUGAUGCCCAUGCGUGAUGCAAACCUUCGCCGUGGUACUCCAAGCAAGAAAGCAUUCCUCACGCCUGACGAAACGGCCGUGGUAGACAAUGAAGUUGUGGACCACUCCCUGGCAUCUUCAAAAAGCAUUUAAGCGCAAAGAAAAACCAUGCCGACCGCAUGUGCCUUUUUUUUCAUUGAGAAAAUUAUCCAAUUUUUGUAGUUUACGCCAGAAUUCGGCUUUUUUCUCGACGUCAAGUGGCUUCGCUGGGAAUUGUAUUGAAAUCAGCAGUAUAACACUUGCAAGUUUUCACAAAAAGUUUUAGCUUCGCAAAAACGUUUAUUGUCUUGCUUGCAUAUAUCCUUUCAUUUCGUUAAGCGUUGUAUCCUGGAACAUUUACUCCUGCAAGCUGGCUAAUUUUCAAUUUUGUUUUUGCAAGGUAAAACCCUUUAUAUCAAGCUAAUAGUAAUUUUAAUUUAAAUAAAUAAUAAAUAAAGAAUAGUUUAAAAAGAUAAAUCAAUUUAACAGGAGUUUAGCUGCCCACAUUGAUUUAACUAGGUUAAAUAUCUAAGAUAAGCUAAUUUACGUGAUUUUUGCRUUUUGUUUUUAUUGCAACAAAAAUGACUGACUAACACAGCAAAUUUGACAAGACACGCGAGAAAGAGCUUCAGCAAGGAAGCAGAUUGACUUUGAACUUCAAGACUAUAAAAUCUGCAUCAAACCGAAUCUGGCGUUUAACAUKGGGUCGUAAAAACAUUAACCACAUUUACAAAAAGAGUCAUCUACAUUAAUUUCGACUGACUAAAGAGUUAUAAAGCGAGUAACAGUUAGUUUAGCUACUGCAAAAAUAAAAAAUAAAUAAAAAAAUGAUAUUGAACAUUUUA